AUGGGUCAGAGACACCAGGCCUUCAUCGUCGCCAAGGUAAAGCCCCACGGCUCUUCCACGGCCAGUUACCGCUGCAUCGCUGCCUACCACAGCCAAUGGUGCUACGGCACGCUCCCUGUACGGGCUACAUACCGUGUCCUGAGCGCAGUCAAGCAACCUGAGAACGCUGAGGUUAUCCGCGAAGAGCUGCGCGGCAUUGAUGGCAAGUACGGCCCGCUACCAGCAGAAGCCGUCGAUUCCGCAGGUGCCUUCCAAGCUAAUGCACCUCCAGACAACAACGACGGCAUCACUAUCAUCGACGUCACGAAUCCUGGCGACCCGGCGUACGGCUUCUAUAGCGGCGGGACUCCAGAACCGGAGAACGCAGAGAAGUACAUCAGUCACUACUACGCUAUUCCCGAACGUAGAGAGGCACCGGAUUCUGAUUUUGAGGAAGACCCGUCAGGUGCAGCGUUGCUCGAUGUUGGCCUGACAGAGGACGAGUUCACAGAGCGACUCGACGCCAUUGACACUCCCGCAGCUCGUGCCAAGGCCGAUAGGCGUUUCGAGAAGUCGAUCUUAGAAGCUAUAGACGACCUGCAAGACGCGCAAGUUUUGAAUCCCUGUGCUGUCCGAGAGGCCUGGCCCUCGAAAACUGAUCUCAAGCAGGAGGAGAGAGCAGACGGAUCUGGCGCGGACGCAUCUAACGCAGACGGAUCCGGCAUGGACAAAUCUAACGCAGACGGAUCCGAUGCGGACGAAUCUGACGCAGACGGAUCCGAUGCGGACGAAUCUGACGCAGUCGUGAAAACCGGUACCGGUGUCCCUCCACUGGUCGACAUCUCGCUGGUCAGGUCGAUCGAACAGUCUAUCAAAUCGGAAGACACAAGCGUCCUGGAGGACCUGCACUUACUACCGGAGAAGAUGGACAUUGUUGACGACACGCUCCGUGCCCUCUCUCCCUUUCCUGAUGCCGCAGUGCCGCUCCUGGCGAGAUUGGUCAAGGAGAGAUAUUACCGGCACACCUCUCUGAACCUAGCCGGCUAUCCUCUGACGGCAACUCAGAUCCUUGGCGUCGCCACAGGUCUGCCGAAAGUAAACUCGCUCAAUGUGUCGAGGGACGAUGUCCUGACUGUCGCUGACGUCCGUCAGUUGCUUGAAGGACUUCCCUCGCUGAACAGACUUAUUCUCAUGAGUUACUCCUCUCUCGAGCCCUCUGAGCUCAUAGCACUCGUUCACGACGUCCCCGAGCUCUUCCGUCACAUGUAUUCCCUCUUGCACCCCGUAUUCAUGCGCAUGCCUGCAUCUCCACAACGGUCGGGCUUCAUCGUGACCUCGUCGUCGGAACCAUCGGGCUUGCCUGUGCGCAUGACCGCCGUGACCUUCAAGCAGUCCGGUCGUGCAGGGCCUCACAGACGCGACCUUCUCACUGGCUGCGCGCACGAUAUUGGCGCCGACCUGUACAUGAGCGGCGGGCGCGCGAUAGAAGUCGCCUUCACUGGUCUGCCCCGCGUACCUGGCACGCCCUGGCAUGCACGCGUUGCCACGAUGCCCCUUCCGCUCGAGAUUCGCACUGCUUUCGUGUCAGAGGGCUGGGUGCUUGUAAUGGUUCCCCCGGCCCGACUAGUACUUGGGUCGAGUGCGGGGUACGCGUUCUUGUGCCUGAGACCGGAUACUACGGGGGAGGAGGAAACAGGAGAGGAGAAAAAGAAGGGAGAAGAUGCGAAGGAUGUUGCUCAGGCGGCUUCGCAGAGUGGGGAAGAAGCGAUGGCGGCGACAGAGACUGCUCAGAAGAAAGAGGACACGAACGACGAGGGAGCCGGGGUCCUCAACAGUUCCGAAGACGCGUCGGAACCCCCGACGCCGACGAUCUCCCAGAAAGACUCGAACACAGCCAAGCAGCCGAUGACCAGGAGUCACGGCAUCAACUACGAAGUACAUGACCUUCGGAGCUUCCUGCGCAUGACGGAGCAGGAGGGAUGUCCCAGCAUCCCCAAAGACUCGGUUACCGCUUUGGAGGCAUUGAUCCAGAAAAUGAGAUGGCCUGUUCACAACAGGGAAUGGGUUGAUACAUUGAUCCUUCGUCGUCUCCCGUUCUGUUGA